GCCGAUUCAAAGCCCACCUCUAACUGGAUCCAUUCCAACAUCGCUUGGCACUCUCACCUCUCUCACCAGCAUCGAUCUCGCCUACAACCAGCUGUCUGGUGUCAUUCCACCUGGCAUAAGCGCCCUCACGGCCAUCCAAGCCCUCAAUCUCUUCAACAACCAGCUGUCUGGUGCCAUUCCCCCCGGCAUAGGCGCCCUCGCAUCCCUUACGUAUCUGGACCUGGGUCACAACAAGCUGGGAGGCGUCUUCCCUGAAGCUCUGAGUACCCUCACCAACCUGCUCCACCU